AAAAUUCACAUUUGUAGAUAUCAUAUAAGUUUAGAGAGAGGGAGAUAUUCUCUUUUAGCUACCCUUCAUUCAAUUUUUUUUUUUCCAAACUUUCAAACAAAAGUGAGAAAGAAGAAGAGCUCAGAGAGAGGGGGGGAGAGAGAUUGAGAGAGAGAGAGAUUGCUUAGAGCUCAGUUUGCUUAUUAAGGAAACCUUAGGGUUGUAAUUGCAUCUCAUCAAUGCAUAUUUCCAAAACAUCCUCGUUUCCGGCGGCUUUGUAUUAUUGUAAAUUUACUGCACUCUAGCUAGCUCAAGCUUUUUGUGAAUUAAUUUUGUAAGUUGUUGAGAUUCAGGUCCAGCAUGCUGUCUCCUGAAGAUCUCUCUUCAUCGCUUAGUGGCUUCAUUCAAGAGCCACUUCCAAUUUCAAACCCUAUCCCUAACCCUAUUUCAGGUCCUGCAACCGCUAAGAGGAAGAGAAGCCUUCCCGGCACCCCUGAUCCAGAUGCAGAAGUGAUAGCACUAUCACCAGCAUCAUUGAUGGCCACGAACAGAUUCGUCUGCGAAAUAUGCAACAAGGGUUUCCAGAGGGAUCAGAACUUGCAGCUGCACAGGAGAGGCCACAAUCUGCCGUGGAAGCUGAAACAAAGAAACACCAAAGAGGUAAUCAGGAAGAAAGUGUACCUGUGUCCGGAAAAAACAUGCGUUCAUCACCAUCCCUCGAGAGCCCUCGGAGACCUCACCGGAGUCAAGAAGCAUUACAGCAGGAAACACGGCGAGAAGAAGUGGAAGUGUGACAAGUGUUCCAAGAAAUACGCAGUUCAGUCGGAUUGGAAAGCUCAUAGUAAGAUUUGUGGGACUAGAGAGUACAAAUGUGAUUGUGGCACUCUUUUCUCUAGGAAGGACAGCUUUAUUACACACAGGGCCUUUUGUGAUGCAUUAGCUGAAGAAACAGCUUCAAGAGUUCCUGCACCCAAUACUUUGCAUUUGAGGAAUGAAUUGAUGAUGAAUAUGAACAAUCUUCAAUCGAAUGGAAGCGCGCAAUUUUCAGGUAUGUUUGGAUCAGUGGAUGAUCAAACCGGGCAGCUCAAUCUGGAUGGAAAUAAAUCAAGGUUGCCAUUAUGGUUGGAUCAUAAUCCUAAUGCCUUCUUGGCCUCGAAUUCGGGAGGCUUAGCUCCUGAGUUAGUCCAACAGAUUCCGAACAAUAUGUAUGGAUUAGUACUCAAGGAAGAACAAGACACCGGUGGAAACAUGAGUUCAAUGUAUUACGCCAACAAUAUCAAUACCACUCCAACUCAUCAUCAUCAAGAAGCAAGCCAGUCUCACAUGUCGGCUACUGCAUUGCUACAAAAAGCCGCGACAAUGGGAUCUACAAGGAGCAAUUCCCCGGGGAUGCUGGCGAAUUCAUUUGGCCUAAUGAACUCAACAAUGUCAAGCAAUGCACACAAUUUCAGUUCUCUCAAUCAAGGAGCCAUAAUGCUGAUGGGUGAUCAUCACAAUAAUGCGGCAAGGGCCUCGGACCGGUUUAUGAUGAUGAUGGGAGAAAAACAAAUCCACGAAAAUUCGAUGAAUUAUAAUCAGUUGGGAGGAGGGCUGACCAGAGAUUUUCUCGGCGUGGGAGAAAAUAAUAGUAACCAAAAUAUUUUCAACAGUGGCUCAAAUAUUAAUAACAGUGAAUUAGAAAGUGGGAGGCUAUUCUUGCAACAAGAGCUACAAGCUAAGUUUGGUUCAAUGAGUUCCACAAUGGACCUAGCAGAGCAGUACAGUUGUACCACAACUGGAACUCACUGAAUUAUUUGCAGCUAGCUAGCUAGCUAGAGCUGAGCUAUCAUGUUUUUGAAUGCAAGAUACAUGAUUACAUACACGUACUUGAAUGUGUUUGUGUGUGUAAAUUUUGUGCUUGUGAAUUGUCAGGAAAUUUUGGGCCCACUUGAAACUGGAUAUGCUGGAAAGAAAGGAUAUGAAGCGACAAGGCAAUCACAAGGGCUGGGAAAAGUAGAGGUGAUUGCAUUCUGCUACUGUCUCUGAAGCUGCUUUAAUUAGCAAAUCUGUAGAAAGACAUAUAAUUUGUUUUUAUUUUUACAUUCUUCUUUUCAAGUUUUGCAUCAUUCAUUAGCAAGCAACUAAGCAAGUACUGUUAUUAGCUCUUUAAUAUGGGAUUUGUCUGAGUACAAAACAAACACUUGACAUUGUUAUUACCAGCUGAGUUACAUUUAUUUUGGUACAA